AAGAAGCUCACUCUCUGUUGCCUUUGUUCGGAACGAAAUCUCACAAAUUGGUUCUAUGAUCUGCGCGAUUCGCGUCGUCUUCUCUCUGGAUCUGAGUUUUUGUUGAAGUAAAUUGAUUGCCAUUCGUUUGCUACUACUUUCUACCAAUUUUAUGUUUGUCUUGAAUGCUUCAACUCCAUCCAAGUCUAAUUAUCACCAUUAAUGGAAGGCAUAGUUGUAUUGGUUAAGAAACACAGCCAUUGAAGCGAUGCUAUCAUCAAGGUUUUCUUUUUUGGGGAUCGGCAGUUCCAGUGAGGUCAAUGACUCUGUGGGUAUUUCUGGAAGCAAGAUCAAACCAUCUCUAACUGUGCAAACGGAUAAAGAUGUCUACAGGCCUGGAGAUUCCAUUUUUGUAACUAUUGAGGUUGGUAAUUCUCAUGAGAACGGGGAUAAUCCCUCGAUUUUGGUUGAAAAGCUUAGUUUUGAGGUGAAAGGACUAGAGAAAUUGGACAUUCAGUGGUUUUCUACUCAAAAGCCAUCACCAGGAAGCAAAGGACGAAGAGGUGAACAUAUCUUCCUAGACAGUUCAACACCAUCUUUGAUUUCAAAUCAAAUCCUAUCCCCUGGUGCUAAGAUGACAUUAAUGGUUCGAGCUAUACUCCCACAGAUUAUACCACCUUCUUAUAAAGGUGCUACUUUACGUUACCUUUACUACAUUAAGAGCACAUUAUGCGGAAGAUGGAUGGCGCUAGAAAACAGUCAGUUUUACAAAGACUCAACAAAAGAUUUCAUUGAAGUGGAGACUCGAAUACCAUUACAAGUAUGGGUAAUUCAGAAGAACAAUGGGCUGCUAUUAGAGGAAGAUCAAACCGAUGGGAUUGUUCCAACCAAUACCAUUCAGACAGACAUAUAUUGGAAAGAGAUGGAUGGAGACUCAGAAUGGACUAGAGCAAAUGACGCAUAUGAUAGUGGUGAGGAUGGAUAUGACAGUUCACGUGACGAGAUCUCGUCUGUUUCUUCCUAUCCCAACAAAAGCAAUUUAAACAGAACGUUUGGCAGUUCAUUGUCCUUGAAUUCUGGACCGCGAUUAUCAAUGAAAGACACAUCAUAUGUUGAAGAACGUGUUGGAUCGUCUCCAAAGAUGAUGCUUUCUCAGUUAUCAGCUGCCGUGGUGUCUUAUGAUUCCGGAACCGAUGUCUCUUUGCCUCAUAAAUCAUCAAAUUCUGUGGUCCCGAGCCAACAGCCUAAGCAAACAAAUGGUGCAGGAGCAUCUAUGUCGCCUGAAGCAGGAGCAAAAGAACCAGUUCCAUCAGAAGGAUUUACAAGAGGAAGAUCUUACAACAUUAGAAUGGAUGACCAAGUCCUUCUUAGGUUUUCCCCCAAGAAUGCCGACUCUACUUAUUACUUCAGCGAUACUAUAGGUGGAACUCUUACGUUCUUCCAUGAAGAAGGAACCAGAAGAUGCCUCGAGGUCUCGGUUACUCUAGAAACUUUAGAGACAAUAAACAGGAGAUUUGUUCAUCCAUCAAGGAGAAAUUCUCCAACGCUUACUAAGGUCCAAAGCGAUCACCAUGAGGUGGUGGCAGACCUUAUUCAAACCAGCUUUCUAUUUUCAAUUCCCACGGAUGGUCCAAUGUCGUUUUCUACGCCCCGUGUUUCUGUGCAAUGGAUUCUUCGGUUUGAGUUCCUAACUACUCCAAAGAGUGUGGACUUAAGCAGGUACGAACAUCCAUUGUUAGUACCGGAACGGGAAAAAAGUGAAUGGGUUCUUCCGAUUACUGUACAUGCACCGCCGCCUCGAACAUCAGGUGCUCAAACCCGUGGAGAUAAGUUUUUUGGUUUGGAGCCGUCUUGGAUUCGUAGCUAAACCACGCUUUUGGUGAAAGAUUCAUUUUGGUAAAUCAUUUUUAGAAGAGUUUCUGGUCUCUGUCUAGCUCACCUCAUGCAAUAAUUUGUUUUAAUUUUU